CUACAUAGUUGCGCAUUGCAGAUGAAUUAUUCUGUAAAUACAAGCUAGCUAAAUAAGAACUUACACCAAUUACCCCCACAUUUAAAGGUUAUAAUUUUCUCCCUAGCUGGAUGUAACGUGCUGCACUCGGUCUAAACGUUUUGAACUUUGCUCUUCUAAGAUGAUUUGGCGUUGUUUCAUAUGCUACAUUUUUGUGGCAUUGACUCUGAAAAAACUAUUGAGUCACAUUAACUCUUUGCACAGUCGCAGCCCUGACUUUCGCGUGGUGUGUGGCAUUGAUGGCUGUCUAAGUGAGUAUAGGGUGUAUAACUCCUAUUACUAUCACGUAAAGCGAACGCACGCGCAUCAUCUUCUCCAAGUGGAAGGUGCCGAGGAGGAAGGAUCUACUCGCCAUGGCUCACCAGGAACACGUGAGAGGACAGCCACAAACAACCAAACUAAUGUGAGCCUUGUGGCUGAGGUCUGUGCAAUGCAGCAACAUUCUUCAGAGGCUGAAGUGGGUUCAAGCAUCGUCACUCAAACGAGUGGAUUUCAAGAAGGUGGAGAGGGUCGUGUGAACGUUGACCUUUUCAAACAUGCAACUGCAUUUCUUCUUCAAGCCAGAGAAACCCAUCGAAUGACACAGAGAGCUGUUAACCAGAUGGUCAGUGGAGUCCAGCAAUACCAGGCGGCAUUACUGCAGCACCUAAAACAUCAAAUGAGUAACAUGAUUGAGACAUAUUCUGGGGAUCUGGAUCAGCUGAAGAGUGAUGCAAUGGGAAUAUUUGACCAGUUUACUGACCCUUUCAGUCAAAUUGCUACAACUCAUUUGCAGGAUAAGACAAUCAAAGAACUGUUACAACCAAUUGAACCAGAGCUUAUUAUAUCAAAAAAUACAGUAUGUUAUGUGAAAAGUGGAGACUCCAGAGUCCUUACCAUUAAAAACCAUUACUUUUAUUAUAUACCAUUGGUGAAAAGUUUGGAGCAGCUGUUAUUCCAUCCAAGAAUUCUUGCAGUGAUUGAAGAGGGGCCACAGCCAUGCAAAAAUGGAUUUUUUCAUGAUUUAGUUGAUGGAGACAUUUUUAAAUCGCACCCACUGUUUUUGAAAGUUCCCACAGCAUUGCAGUUAAUUUUAUAUACAGACGAAAUUGAAUUAUGCAAUCCUCUUGGAUCUCGGGCAAACAAAAAUAAGUUGUUAUUGAUUUAUUACACCUUGGGUAACAUCAAACCUAAAUACAGAUCUAGACUUGCUGCCAUUCGUCUGCUUGCCAUGGUAAAAUCAAAAGAUCUUUCCGAUUGUGGUAUUGAUAAGAUAUUUGAGAGGAUUAACCGUGACUUAAUUGAGCUGUAUGAUGGUGUUAAAGUUGUCACUGCAAAUGGUGAGAAGACAAUUUGUGGGGCGCUUAUGUCUGUGUGUGGAGACACUCUAGCUCAGCAUGAAGUGGCUGGAUUUAAGGAAGGAGUAGGGUUUGCCUACAGUAAAUGCAGACACUGCGAAUGCAACUUUGAAGACAUGCAGGAACAAUUUAAUGAAGAUUUGUUUGUUAAAAGGACCAUGGCAAGUCAUAUCAGGCAAUGUAGUGACAUUGAAAAGGCAAGCACUGACUUUCUGAAAGAAAAUCUAAAAACGACAUAUGGUAUUAACAGGAGAAGCAAAUUAACAGAAUUUCCUCAAUUUGAUGUAAUCAAUCAAACCCCACAAGACAUCAUGCAUGUUAUUCUUGAAGGUGUUGCCCCAUAUGAAAUCAAAUGUGUUUUAAAGUAUCUUGUGCUUUCAGGGCAUAUGGAGCUAGACACAUUCAACUGUGCAAUUAUUGGUUUCCCUUAUUCUCCUGUGGAUGCGAGGGAUAAGCCUUGCCCCAUAUCUGUCAAUACACUGUCAUCAAAUGACAAUAAACUGAAACAGUCAGCUGGGCAGAUGCUGGUUUUGUUAAAGAUCCUGCCAUUUCUCAUUGACACAAUUGAAGAAAAUGAUUACACACAAAUGCUGCUUAAGUUGUUAGAGAUAGUCAAAAUUCUGUUUUCACCUAUUAUUGCUCUCCCAACUCUUUCAAGGCUGAAGCUUUUAAUAGAGCAACAUUUGAAAGAUUUCAAACAACUGUUUCCAGAUACAAAUAUCAUACCUAAACAGCAUUACCUUCUGCAUCUUCCUUCUCAGAUUAAGGCACUUGGUCCUAUGGUGAGGCAUAUGUGUAUGCGCUUUGAGUCAAAGCAUUGCUUUUUCAAGCAGUGGGCUUUGAAAAGUAGUUUUAAGAAUAUUUGUAAAUCUCUUGUGAAGCACAAUCAACUAUAUGAAUGUAGUCAGAAUGUGCAUGAGAAACAUCCAAUUUUUUCAAGUGAAGUUGAAAUGGGCCCAGUCUCUGAGGUUAAAAAUGUUCACUAUGUAGAAGGAAAGAUGAAAGACUUCUUAGGAAUAGAGCAAGUUCAACAUGUAGUUUCUGUAAAGUGGAUUAUGCAACAUGGAAAUAAGUAUACAUGUGAGAAAACUUUGGUUAUUUCUAAUGUCAUCAAUAGUACUCCAGAGUUUGGACUUGUGAAAAACAUCUACAUAGUAAAUUCGUCAGUGUAUUGUUUUGAAUGCCAACCUCUCUCUAUAACCGAGUGGAAUGAUCAUUAUUUAGCUUAUGAGGUAGAAGUUCCCUACCUAGCUCAAGCCAAUAUUUUUGUGGAUGCUGAAAAACUUGUUGAUUAUACACCAUACUACUAUUUGACCUUCAAUAAUAGCAAGUACAUUCCAAUGAAGUAUGAUCUCACAGACAUCAAUGAACAUCACUCCCUUUGAUUUUCUAGGGAGCAUUUCAUAGUACUUUUAUUUUUUCUCCUCUCACCACUGAAUCAUUUAGAUAAGGCCAGUGUGUAUGAGAUACUUUAAUAAGGAACUGAUUUAUUAAUGUAUGUGUUCAUGGGGUUCCAGUGUAUUAAGGCCAUUAUGGUAUUCAGUGAAUACUUUUGAAUAAUGCUCAAAUAGAGUGGCUGUUAAAUAUAAUUUAAGCAAUGACAUUUUACUGUUUAAGUCAUAUAUACAGUUUAUUUAGCCUUUCAAAUGUGGAGAUUGUUUUUUAUGUAACAACAUUGAAAACUUUGUUGGCCUUUUGGAUGUUUUUGCUUUUGCCUCUAUGUGCAUCAUUGUAUUUUUUAUAUUUUAUUCAAUUUUGUUGGAAUUCUAUUUUGGUUAAAGGAAUAGUUCAACGUUCUGGGAAUCCAUAGAGUCUUGUGAACACUGUGAGAUUGACAGGCAAGCAGCAGAGACUCCAGAAAGUCACAAUAUGAUGUAUGAGUUUUGGGCAAAAUCUGUUGAACUUGAGGGUUUCCAA